CUUUCUUCGUACGAGAUGCUAAAGUUUACUGCAAAAUCUGACACGAAGAUUCCACUCACUCACUCCUCACUCAUUGUGAGCUUCUGCCACCCGGCUCUCGCCUCCGCAUUCCCAACAGCCUCCAUGGAUCCCCACGGCGCCGACCUCCCGUGCAUCGUCCAAGCCCUAGCCUCCAUGGACCCCAACGACGCCGCCGAACGUCCCUGCAUCGUCCAAGCCCUAGCGGCGUCCCCCUCCAAACCCCAAGCGGCCUUUCCCGCCGCCGCCGCCGGAGACCAUCCGACGCCGCCCGCCCCCAAAUCCUCCAGGACCAGAGCCACGAGCCCGCGCCGCACGCGCUCCGGCGGCGCCCCCGAGUGGACCGCCGCCGAGACCCUCGCGCUGGUCGCCACGGUCGCCGCCGUCGACGACGACGGCUGGGCCCGCUCCGUCUCCGCGUUCCAGAAGUGGGCCAUCGUCGCCGACAACCUCGCCUCCUCCGCGGGGCCCUCCUCCAGGCGGAAGGGGAGGGCGGCCGGCGAGUGCAAGCGGCGCUGGGAGGCGCUCGUGGCGGAGUACGGGGCGGUAAGGCGCGCCGGGGGGAGGUACUGGGGGAUGGGCGCCGCCGCGAGGAGGAAGGCCGGGCUCCCCGAGGGGUUCGACGCCGAGGUGUACGGCAUCAUGGACGCGCUGAUCCAGGUCGAGGAGGCGUUCCUGGCGGGUGCCGGUGGUGCUCAGCCAACUCAGGUGCGGAAAGAAGAGAGUGGUGAUGCUGGAGUCGGGGAAGAGGAGGAGGUGGAUGGUGAGGACGGUGAGGGGGAGAUGCAGGUGGAUGGAGAUGCUAAUGCUCCUGAAGGUUUGGAUGCUGGGGCGGAAGCACACAACAAGCACAAGAAGAGCCAAACUGAUGCAUGGGAGCUGGCCAACAAGUUAAACGAAAACGCGCAACAUAUUCAUAUGCUACUAAACGGAGAGGCCAACGAAGAAGCUGGCAAGAACCAUGUUCCUGGCGAUGGUAUCUCACCCGAGGCAAUGGAGACCAGUCGCCAGAAAGCCGACGAGCUGAUCAAAUCGCUAGGCGGGCUCGUGAGCUACUUGAACCAAUUCACCGAUCUUAUCAAGGAAAAUGGGAUCGAGGACGUCGUCGGUGUGAACUGAUUGGUGCUAGGCAGGUUUCCUUUGAACUGAAGUGAGAAUCCUGCAGCCCAAUCCUGUAUCAUUGUCCCUAUCCGUCUCGUCUAUCUCUGUAAAUAUGAGGGCCCUGUAAGAUGCUUCUAAUCAAAUGAUGUAGGUUUGUAGCACACACUGUUAUGUGCGUUGGUGCCAUUA